GGAUAUGCCGAGAAUUACGUGAAGGCCGAAGCAAACCUUGCGCAAAGUUCUGGUAAAUUCGUUAAGUUUAAAAAUGGUUCUGGCGAAACUGCUCUAAACACUGUGCCCAUGAAUGAUGCCCUUCUUAGCAAUGAACAACAAAAUUCCGUCAAUUACCAGAGGAUACAGCAGACGUCGUAUAAUCGACCGAGCUUGAGCCAGCAAUACUCCGACAAUAUCUAUGGAUAUGCUUAUUCAGAUACACCCGUACGAUCCGGUCCACCAAUUGUAAGAGGGCAAACAGCAUCUCCACUGAGCAGCACUCAGGUUACCCACGUUACACCUGUGGUCCCUCAAACUGGGUCAGCUCCAUACCAAAGCGUAGCGGAUUUAAAAACAACGAGACUACGCGAUCCUUUAAAGAACAACUUAUAUCUGGAUUCAGUAGGUACUACUGGAAGUCCUGGGAGCAGCAAUGCAAUGUUCUAUCCAUACAGGUAG